AUGGAGUUUCAUCACUUUGUUUCAUUUUCGCUAUUCAUCUUCUUCCUCUUUAUGAUAAUUCAAAAUUGGACCAGAAACUCGAAAACCCUCAAGAAAAAGCUGCCACCGGGCCCGUGGAGGUUACCUAUUAUUGGAAGUGUACACCACUUGACACGUGGAACACCUCAUCGAGUUCUCCGAAACUUGUCGCAAAAAUAUGGACCCAUUAUGUACUUACAACUCGGGGAAGUUCCCACAGUAGUUGUGUCCUCCCCACAUAUGGCCAAACAAAUUCUAAAAACUCAUGACCUUGCCUUUGCAUCUAGGUCAGUAACCAUGUUGGGAAAAAUUCUUUGUUAUAAUAGUACGGAUAUUGCCUUUUCCCCAUAUGGUGAUUACUGGAGACAUAUGCGUAAAUUGAGUGUGUUGGAGCUACUUAGUGCCAAGAUGGUUAAGUCUUUUAGCUCAAUUCGACACGAUGAGCUCUCAAAUCUCCUAUCAUCUAUCGACUCAAUGGUAGGUUCACCAAUCAACUUAUCAGAAAAACUUUUUUGGUUUAUGAAUGCUUCGACAUGUAGGUCAACAUUUGGGAAAGCAUGUAAAAAUCAAAAUGAGUUGGUAACGUUGAUUCAACGAGCAAUGUCAUUAUCUGGUGGAUUCGAGCUAGCUGAUUUGUUCCCUUCGAAAACAUUUCUACAUGGGAUUAGUGGGAUGGAAUCUAAACUUAUGAAAGCUCGUAAUAAAGUAGACAUACUGUUGGACAACAUUAUCAAUGUGCAUAGAGAGAAUCACACAAAUGGAAAAAAUUAUAAUGGUGAGUCUGGAACUGAAGAUCUGAUCGAUGUUUUUUUAAGAGUCAUGGAGAGCGGCGAAUUUCAAUUCCCUCUAACAAAUGACAAUAUCAAAGCAGUUAUUCUUGACAUGUUCGUAGCAGGGUCAGACACGUCAUCUGCAACCGUUAUUUGGGCAUUAUCAGAAAUGAUGAAGAGUCCAAGUGUGAUGGCCAAAGCACAAGCUGAAGUGAGAGAAGUCUUUAAAGGAAAGGACGAUACUGACCUUGAAAAACUUAAUUACCUAAAGUUAGUGAUCAAAGAGACACUUAGGUUACACCCUCCAACACCCUUGUUGGUCCCUCGAGAAUGUAGGGAGGAAACAGAGAUAGAUGGAUUCACUAUACCGUUGAAAAGUAAAGUCUUGGUUAAUGUAUGGGCAAUAGGAAGGGAUCCCAAGAGUUGGGAAAAUAAUCCUGAAUGUUUCAUACCUGAAAGAUUCGAGAAUAGUUCUAUUGAAUUUACUGGAAAUUACUUUCAACUUCUUCCGUUUGGUGCAGGAAGACGAAUGUGUCCAGGAAUACAUUUUGGUAUAGCUCUUGUUACUCUACCAUUAGCCCAUUUGCUUUACAAGUUUGAUUGGAAGCUUCCAGAAGGAAUUCAUGUAAGGGAUUUGGAUAUGACUGAGUCAAAUGGAAUAACUGCUAGAAGAGAGAAUGAUCUCUACUUGAUCGCCACACCUAGCUCGUUUUAG